GCGAUUACACUUGGUCGCAGUUUGGUGUUGUGUUUUGGCGUGUCAAGUUUUUGGCGCCGUUGCCGGGGACCCUCUAGGUUAUUGGGGAAACGUGCAAAUCUGUUACUCUAGCUUUGUCUUUACUGCAUUUUCUCUCUUCCACCUGUGUGCCUUCACGGGUUGUUUCUGCUGAUUGUGUGCAGGUAGUGCAUGACCCAUAGCCAGUCGGGAGAUCUACUACCACUAGACCAGGAGAUUGAACGAACCUGCAGAACUUCAAGCGGGCUCUAAAGGCGCGACUGGCUGCGGAGGAGGCGCUAGCACAGCUACAGAUCACUGAAGAAGAGGAGAUGGCUGAUCCACAGGACCAUGAUGUGGUCAAUCCCGAGGAGCAGACCAUGGGACAUUACUGGACCGCCAGGGCUGCAGACAUGAGGUCACCCAUUCAACACCCUCAUGCCCCAGCCAAUAAUUUUGAGGUGAGCACCUCAGUAAUCAUCAUGUUGCGCGGUUCAGUGAUGUUCCGUGGCAAAGAGGGGGAGUUCCCCCGAUCACAUCUCAGGCGAUUCCACGAGCUCAUUGAUGGAAUCAAGAUCAAUGGGGUCCCAGCAGAUGCCAUCCAGUUGAGGUACUUCCCAUUCACCCUAGAGGGGCAGGCCAAGGAGUGGCUAGACACUCGACCUCCGGGCUCCAUCACCACGUUCGCCAACUUGGCGGACAAGUUCCUCACCCGUUACCAUCCUCCAUCCAAGACGGCGGACCUGCAGAAGCAAAUUACCCAUUUUGCUCAGGACGAGGAUGAGACCAUCAGGGAUGCUUGGGAGAGAUACAACAGUCUCUUCCUGAGGUGUCCCAAUCAUGGUUUCAAUGAUGCUUUCAAGGUGGGAACCUUCUAUCACGCCCUCUUCCCAGAAGACAAGCAGCUGAUUGACUCAGUUUGUGGCGGGAACAUGCUGACCAAAACACCGCCACAGCUGAAUCAACUCUUUGAGGAGAUGGCAGAGAACGGGUAUGAUUGGGGCACUGCUAGGAGGUCGAGGAUAGCACCAAGCCGAGGUGUACAUUUUGUGGGAAACCACUCCUCUGAUUUGGUGCAGGUGGUGUCGAAGCUGGUUUCAGCUAUCGAUCGUUCCGGGAUGAUUGCAGGUACCGGACAACAGCAGGCGAUGCUCUGCCAUUGGUGCGAGAGCACCCAUCACACGGUGGUAGACUGCCAGGCGAUGAAGGAAUCUACCACACCCCAGGAGCAGGUGAACUUCAUCAAUAAUGUUAGGCGCAACGACCCCUACAGCAACACUUACAACGAGGGGUGGCGCCAGCAUCCCAACUUCUCCUGGGGUGGGGCAAAUUCCAGACCACCAGUCUCCCAGGGACCACCGGGCUUCCAGAGGCCGCCAUAUCAGCCCAGACAAGGGCAAUUCCAGCAGCAGCAGCAUCAGUCUCUCUAUCAGCCCAUGCAAGGGCAUGCUACUCAAUCACAGCCGCGACCUUUCCAGCAGCCAGGUGCAGCCCCUGCCACCCCAGUGCAGAAUGAUCCGAUGGCUGAAUUGCGGGACUUGGUGGGUUCUCUCGCCAGUUCUAGUGCUCAGAAAUUCAACACUCUAGAGCAGUUCAUGGAAAAGGCCUCGAGUAAGUUCCUGGCUCUUGAAGCUGGUCAGAGGAACACACAGGCUGUCUUGCAGGAUAUCCAAACCCAGCUGGCGAGUGUGGCUCAAGCAGUGGCACAAAGGGCUCCUGGUACUCUACCCGGUCAGACCAUCCCUCAUCCACAGAACCUGAAUGAGCACUGCAAUGCCAUCACAACCAGGAGUGGCAAGAUGACUGCUGAUCCACUUGUUCGGGCAAAAGAGAGAGAGGCCCCUGCCUCGGCAUCUCCAGCAGCUGAAGAAGAAGCAGAGAAGGAGGUUGAGGUGCCUGCGCCUAACCCGCAACCAGUAGUGAAGGAGUAUAUCCCUCAACUCCCCUUCCCUACUCGGUUGCACAAAGACAGGCUAGAUGCAGAGUUCGGGAACUUCAUGGUUAUGCUUAGGAAGCUGAAUGUCCAAGUACCUUUCCUGGAGGCACUAUCUCAAAUGCCUAAGUAUGCGAAGUUCCUGAAGGAUCUUCUCUCAAAGAAGCAGGAGUUGAGCGAGCUGGCCACUGUGGAGCUCAGCGAGGAGUGCUCGGCCAUUCUGCAGAACAAGCUUCCGCAGAAGCAGAAGGACCCAGGUAGUUUUACUAUCCCGUGCUCUAUAGAUAAUUUGCAUGUAGAGAGGUCCUUGGCAGAUUUAGGUGCUAGUAUCAAUGUUAUGCCGUAUAAACUGUUCAAGAAACUAGGCCUAGGUGAACCCCGUGCUACUAGGAUGAGCCUUCAACUAGCUGACCGAUCUGUAGUGCAUCCUAGGGGCAUAAUGGAAGACCUUCUGGUCAAGGUUGGCAAAUUCAAUUAUCCUGUGGAUUUUGUUGUCUUGGACAUCAAUGAGGACACAGAAGUGCCCCUUAUACUGGGAAGGCCUUUCCUGGCCACCGCCAAGGCUCUCAUAGAUGUGCAUGAUGGGACCUUAGUUCUGAGGGAUGGUGAGGAGAGAAUAACGUUUUCAAUUGCUAAUACUGUUCCUGUUUCGUCACCUCUGCAUGCUGUAUCUCACCAGGAGCACGAGUCUGUCAUGUAUCCUUCUGUGUUUCCUAUUUUGCAGGAUCCGCCUCCCAUACCAUCGCCGCCACUCCCGUCCACUCCGUCACCGAAAGAACAGAUCAAGGAGGAGUGGCGGCCGAAAUUGCAGGCAGCUAAGCCUGCUCGGAAGAAAGCCGGAGACCACUAUGAGCUGGUCCCGCCCCCACCUUGGCCAUCCGAGUAUUCACUCGCUUGCAUCCUGCCGGAUGGCCAAGUUGAGUUGGCAAAUGCUGGUGGCCACAUUCGUCGUGUGCAUGGCCACCAUUUGAAGCUGUACCUCAAGAGCGAGGUGGAUCCGCUCUUGAAGGCACCUGCUCCUUCACCUCAUUGAGCAUCCACCGACUGGCGUCUAGCUAAAAGACGGUAAAGAAGCGCUUGUGUUUUUUCUUUUGAUUUUUUUGUGUUUUUUUAGUCUUGAGGGGUUGUUCACGAGUUGUAUGUCGUUCUGAAGUGAAAACAGGUCAAUUUCGGAGUUCUGGUAGCCCACACGGCCAGCCCUGAAAGCCACACGGCCGUGUGGAAUUUAUUUUUGGCCGUGUGAGCUCUCGCAGAAUUCCACACGGCCAGCUGUGAUUGUGACACGGCCGUGUGGAAAUUCCCCCUGGUCGUGUGAGCGCUCGCACAAUUUCACACGGCCAAAUGUGCUUUUCGCACGGCCGUGUGAUAAUUCAUCGGCCAGCCCGUGUCGGCCGACACGGGCAAAUGUGAACAGCGCACGGCCGUGUGAGCCUGGCCGUGUGACCGAGCCACGGCCUAUAGAUUCGGCCGACACGGGCGAGUGGUCAGAAAAUCCCACUUCUCUCGGCGGAAACCUCUCCCCCUCGCCGGAAAACCGCGACUUUUCGCCAUCUUUGUCGAUUUUCGGCCAUUUUUGGUCGGUUUUUCACAAAUCCAACACCACACCCACCCUUUCCUCCCCAUUAUCGGCCUAUCCCUCGAUUUUGAGGUGAUUUGGUUUGAUUUUGAGUCGCCGGAGGCGAUUUCCGGCGAGACUCCGACGAGCACUUCCCGGCAGUUUUUCGCCCUUUCGUUGCUUCCAUUGCAUUCCCCUCAUCAUCCCCUACACCUCUACUUGAGUCUCCAGGUUUGAUUUCGAACUUAACUAUGUUUUUUAUGGAGAAUUGGGUGUUAGGGUGCAUGUUUAGAGAACCUCUUUGAAUAAUGUGAAUUGUGUGCA